AGAGGCGCCUACCGCCUCUCUCGUGAGCUGGGAACAGCCGGAGCAGCUGCUGCUUUCCCCAGCGGGGGCUUUGCAGGGACUGACCUUCGCUGCAUCUGCCUCUGCCUCUGUGCAGAGCCGGGGGGCGGCCACCUCUCUGGCUGGACGUCAGCGCCCUGCAGCGGAGCCCAGGGCCAGUGAUGUUUGAGGAAGCAGAUGUGUAUUUCCACAAAGAGCAGAGGACUCUUUAGGACCCUGGUCAGAAGACCUAUUACCAGGACAUCAUGCAGGAGAAUUAUGAGACUGUGACCUUUCUGGCAGGUGAUGGAUUGGUAUGUAAGAAAGAAGAGGAGGAUCCACAACCUGAAGGCCCAAAGCAACUGGAACUAGAAAAGGUGUUGUUGGGAAUAUCCGAAAGGAAUCUUUCCCCAAGCUGUGUACAGGGAACCCCCAGUGGAAAUCAAAGUAGGCUAAAGAGGCAGGUGGCAAGCCACACAGGGAAGGAAGUGGGUGAAUCUGUUGAUUUGGGGAGAGGCUGUAAUGACCUCAAAGAAACCAGAGCCAAGCAGAAAAGCCACACGGGAGAGAGAAAAAACACAUGCACUGAGUGUGGGCAGAGCUUCAGUCGGAACUCAUACCUUAUCAGGCACAAGAGAACACACACCGGGGAGAAACCCUACCAAUGCCUUGAGUGUGGGAAAAGCUUCAAUCUGAGCUCCAACCUCAUGACACACCAGAGAACCCACACGGGAGAGAGGCCCUAUAAAUGCCUGGAGUGCGGAAAAAGCUUCAUUCAGAGUUCAGAUCUUAUUUCACAUCAGAGACUCCACACAGGGGAGAGACCCUAUGAAUGCCUGGAGUGUGGGAAGAGCUUCAUUCAGAGUUCACACCUCCUUAGGCAUCAGAAGCUCCAUGUUGGGGACAGACCCUACAAAUGCACUGACUGUGGGAAAAGGUUUUUUCAGCGGUCACAUCUUAUUAGACACCAGAGGCUCCAUGUGGGGGAGAGGCCCCAUAAAUGUACCGACUGUGGAAAAAGCUUCAUUCAGAACUCCCAGCUCCUGACCCAUCAGAAAAUCCACUUAGGGGAGAAACCCUAUAAAUGCCCUGACUGUGGGAAAACCUUUAAUAGGAGCUCACACCUUAUCGUGCACCAGAGAACCCACACGGGAGAGAAACCCUAUAAAUGUCUGGACUGUGGGAAGAGGUUCAGUGUCAACUCCAACCUGAUUACCCACCAGCGAACCCACACGGGGGAGAGACCUUAUAAAUGCCUUGACUGUGGGAAAAGCUUCAGUCGGAGUUCACAUCUCAUUAAGCACCAAAGGCUCCACACAGGAGACGAAACCUGAGUGCAGCAGAAGAUUCAAUUGGGGCUUAUGUUGUGUAAGACAUCAGCAAAUCUAUGUAGGGGAGAGACCACUUCAGCAUGGUAAACCCUUCUAGUGGAACUUAUAUAUCUUGGACAGCAGAAGCUUUGUGCAGGAGAGAAAUUCUGUCUGGACAAUGAAUGGCCAUAGUUAGAUUGUAAGCAGACAUCUCAUUUCAGGCAGUCUUGAUUGUCCAGGGGUUUAACCCUGAUCUAAACAAGUGAUAUAAACACAAGUGGCAUGGCCAUUUACACACAUCGCCCUUCCAGGCUGCAUUGCUGCCCUUGUGACAGGCUGGUCCCUGGAAUGGAUGGCAGUUGGCUUGAAUGACCCAUGAUCUAGAUACAGACAUACACCACACUGUCCCAGCAGAUAUGUUGGCACCUUUUAUCUUGCAUCCUUAAUAGGUAUGUAAAGCAGGAUAAUGGAUGUGUAUGUCUGUAGGAUCCCAGGACAAAAGGCUUUCUCCUGUGAGAAAUGUAACAUCUGUUUGCACCCCUUGUUACCAGACUUAAUAUUGGUAGUAGCACUGAAUUCAUAAAUGCUUGAACAAAAAUAGUCCAUUCUCUGAAGAGAACAUUUAUUGAGCACAGCAAUUUGCAACUUCAAUCACAUGGCAAGGACCAACAACAGAAACACUUCACCUAAGCUAAGACACAGCCAAAUAAGAUAUAGUGACAAUGCACAAUUUAGGCUAACUUAAAAUGCAACAUAAUAAGCCAAAAAGACAACAAAAAGCAUUGCAUAAUCCAAAGGGCAGAGUGUCUCUUUGCAGUCAGGUAUUCAUAAGUUAUUUCUGGGGAUCUGCAGGUCUUCUUAGGUGGUGAGGAUGGUCCCACAGGCCUCAGCUUGGCCUGGGUUUUUAUAGGGAUCUGCACCCCCUUGCUUCCCUUCGGUCCCUCACAUGACUCUCAUGCAUUCAGUGUCUGUCUCUUGCCUCUUAGGCAUUCCAGUCUCUCAUCCCUUACCGUAGGGGUGGGGAACCUCCAGAUCCAGCCCACGGCAUAAUUUCAACCGGCCUGUGAAUCAAGGCGACUGCCCCGGGCCCCAUACUUUCUGGGGCCCCGUGGAGCAGCCGCAGCGACUCUGUGCCACUGCCUGUUUCGCAUCUGGCUGCUUGCUAUCACCCCCACCACUGCCACCACCAGCUGCUUUGCAUCCAACUGCUUGCCACCCCACCACCAGCACCACUUCUCUUUUCUUUGUUCACCCUAUGUUUCCCAUGUUACAUAUCCCAGUGUAUUCAGCAAUCCCUGCUCAAGAGUCAUUGAUUUCAGUCCUUUAUAAUGUAUAGUGUUGGCCAUUCAUGGCAUCUGACAAAGUAGGCUAUUGCCUAUGGAAUCUUAUGCCUCUCUGAAUGAGUUACUGUCUAAGGUAACACCCUGUCCUGCCUCUUGCCUGACUUCAGACUAACAUGGAUAACUACCUCUCUACUAAUGGAUAGUGUUGUGAUGAUGGGAAUUGAGAUGAACCCUCCCAGUGAGAUGAAGCUGAAGGUUCCAAAUUAAAGUACCUCUCCAUGACUGUUAAUAAAACUUUGGUUUCUUUCUGCUUCAACAGCUAUUGGCAUCUCAUGAACGCAUAAAGACUCGCUCUAGAAUGAUUGCUGUUAACAUCUAUCUACUGAUAUAUAGAGAAUAUGGAUUGUGCAAUGUGAUACAUAUGAAAGGUUAAUGUUUCCUUUAAGAGGGGAGAUGUGGUGCUAUGUAAGUGAAAGAUCAGAAUUUAGAGUCAGUCUCUUAUAAUGGAUUGUGUUGUGAUUGUGGGAAUGGUGAAAUGAACCCAGGGGAACAGAAAAGCUGAAGGUUCCAGUUUGAAGCUGUUCUCCAUAACUGUUAAUAAAAGAUUUUGUCUAUCUCAUUCA